AUGACAACGCAAGUGACGGAGCAGUUUUCUACCAAUUCCUUCAAAGUAAAAAUGGAACUAAUCCAAAACAUAAGCCUUUAUUCCAGAUGGCAAGUGUUUGCCUGCAGUACAACUCUUCACGGGCUUAGACACGUCUUCGAGAAGAGCUAUUCAAUAGCUAAACGGGUCAUUUGGCUUUUACUCCUAUGGAGUUCCUCUGCCGCAUUUUUGUAUCUUCUGUCUGUCAGCGUACGCAAAUUCAAGUCGAAGCCAAUGAAGACAGUAGUAUCCCAAACAACGCCGGCAGAUGGCUUGAAAUUCCCCGCUGUGACAAUCUGCAAUUUAAACAAGUUUAUGAAAUCCAAGAUAGAUGUGGCAGACGAGGAUGAAAACUUUGCAAAAAUGGGAUUGAACAUAAGUGGAUGCAGCGAGAUACGUCAAGUUCGUGGAAAUCUUACGUGUGGCCAAGCGUUAUUGUGUGCAUAUGUGUGGUAUGGGACAGUCCUGGUUAACGGCUGCAAUGAGACAAUGCGACAAAACAUAAUCAAGGCACUCAACCACUCAUCAGAUCGUCUGUUUAACGAGGAAGAAUUUCUUUCUCAGUAUGGCCAUGACAUGGCGAGUAUGUUUGUUCUCUACUGCCGUUUCAUGAAAGAGGACACCUGUUCGGAUAAAGAUUUCGUUCCAAUCUUAACGCAGUAUGGCUUGUGUCACACCUUCAACUCUGGUCAAAAUAACUCCGUGCUUCAUGCUAUAUUAGAAGGCCCUGACCUUGGGCUAAAUAUUGUACUCGAUGUUCAACUGAAUGAGAGCACAUUAAGUGAGUUUUCAACAGGAUUAAAAGUGAUUGUGCACGAUCAAAAUACAUUUGUCAACCGACAUUCUGGAUUUAACAUCCUUCCCGGCACGCACGCGUCAGUCGCACUCAAGUUGAGAAAGCACAAAAGACUUCAAGCGCCAUAUAAAACAAAAUGCCAACAGGAUAAACUGCCAGGAAUUGGGUCGUACACCAAGGACGGCUGCCUUUACCAAUGUGUCGCAAAUAAGACCCUAGAAAAAUGUGGCUGCCGUCGUCUUGGAAUGCCAGAACCAAAGUUGAAACCUCUGUGCUCUUUCCAAGACAUGCAAUGUGUUGUAAAUUCUCAAGGAGAAGUGAGCAUCCCGGAAUGUUCCUGCAACAACGCAUGCUCAGAACUGGAGUAUGAAGCAAGUGCUUCUUAUUCCAAAUUCCCGGAUAACUCGAUCAUCCAAGUUUUACAUAAAUUCUACGGAAGAGGGGAAAGCUCCAGUUAUAUGAAAGAGAACUAUGUUUUUCUUCAAGUCGGUUUUCAACACUUGGCCUACGAAAUGCGCGAAGAUGUCCCAAGUUAUGGAACGGAGAGUCUGUUCGGAGAACUUGGUGGAAACAUGGGAUUACUUCUUGGAUGUAGUUUACUGACGCUCUGCGAAUUCAUCCAGUUUCUGGUGGACACUGUUAUGUCCAGGAUAAGGAAAAGCUCUAAAAACGUAAACCCUGAACUCAGCAACCCAUAGCUAUCAAUCCUGAAGAACCAUGACAAAUUUUCUAGGUGGUGGAAAUGCUGUGACGGUGUAUUGCAUACAAUUGCUAGAUGUAGACGAGUGUAGGGGUGUGACUGCGAUGAACUUGACUCCAUUCCAACGAAAAACGUGAAGGAAACUAGAUAAUGAGUAAGAGAACUUGAACAGGAAAAAAACGGGCGCUUUCUUAGCUCAGAAACAGAAUAGACGAGUGACAUAAAUGUUCACAAGAGAUUGGAUUUUCAGAACACCAUUCAGGGGACUAUAUGGAUCACAAAAUGAAGCUAGGCUUCCCCUGCUUUCUGGCUCAAAAAAUGUUUGUGCAGGAGUAUUAAGGAUUUCUUUAACAAUGCUUUUAUUUAUCGGGUAUUUCUGCCGAUCUUCCCCUUCAUGUCAGGAAGCCAGGAACAAAUAGAAUUUAUCGAUCUAGCAAAGAAGCCAAGGCCAUGCAUUAAAAAAAAAUGUAUACGCUGUCAUAAAACGCGACGGUAAUUUACGAACACGAGUGCAAUUUAGAAACCGCUUUUUGGCGACUACUGUUUUCUGCAUGUCUAAAUUAUCCUAAUGUAGCCGGAGUGUUAUAUUGGUGUUCAUCGUAAAUGGGUUUGGUUUCCUUUUUACUUUAUGAUUAGCUACUCUGUCAAUCAGUAACUGUCAGUCAGUGACUGUGUUAUAAAAAUAAUAAUGAUGGUAAAAGUAACUUUAAAUGAGCACUGUAAGUUGUAAGUUUGGUUAAUGGAGUAAGAGAGGAUGAAGGGUAAGCGAGUUGAUUUCCCAUGUAUGCAUAUUAUUCUCAAGCUGAUCCCUCUAAAGUUAUUUUUAGAUAUGGUAUCCAGUCCUCCCGCUGAUAAAUUCACCGUGCGCGUUGCUUAGAUGUUUUCGUGGAGGAUAAAUUACCUGCAAAUUGAGCUGUCCACAAGUAAAACUCAAGUCCCAGGAUAAGCUGUUUCUAGACCGUUCUAGGAUUUCUAACGCCGGGAGUGAUCCAAAAAUAACUUGAGAUGGAUUACUUUAGGAAUAAGACCUCUAUUGGAGAAUAACUAUUUUACCCUUCAUCUCCUCUUGGUAUAAGCAAGAGAAUAUGACCUGAAAAUACGUGCACUGUGUUCAGUUGUGGUUGCUGAGUAAGUUUACUUAGCUAUAAUACCACAAAAGACCGAGCCCAAACUCAAAGAUUACUUCAUUUUCGACAGCACUUAUUUCUUUUUAAAAUCUUACGGGGAGUAAAGCUGUGAAUACUGAUUACGUGAUAUUUAAUGAUUGGGCCAAGGGCGACCUACUCAAUGUGAAGAAUUAUUCACGAAGGACGUUUCAAUUUUAUCUCAGUGCAAAUUGUAAGAUAUCUUUGUUUUGAGGGACGAAGAUGCUAGGCAAGCCAUCAUGAAUCAUGAUGAGGUGAGUUAAGUAAUGUAUAUUCAUGAGUGGGACGCUUUAUUAUAUACCAUUGGACAUUACAACGACGAAUUACAUGUAACUUGUUUUCAAGACACAUGUAUCAUGCUUUGAACAAGAUAAGUAAUAGAUUAUUUUACACCUUUGUUUUUCUUUUUAUAUAUAAAACUCGGUACCCGGUCAUAUUUAUAUUGUCUAUAAGGGGGUAAAGUCUGCAUACGAACCAAGUGGCUGAUCAGGCCGGAGCUUAUCCCGGCUUCAGUAGCAUGAAGCCACCAGGAGUAUUUCUACUCCCCCCUGGAUGGGAUGAUAGUUCAUCCAGGGUUACCCCCUGGCAUUAAAUUUGCCAGUAACCAUUUACACAGUUGCGUGGCGAAAGGCACUGUGAAAGAAAAGUGUCUUGGCCAAGAACACAACACAAUGUCCUCGGCCAGGGCUCGAACCCAGACCGCUCGCUCCGGGGUCGAGCGCACUAACCAUGAAGUCUCAAGGCUUCUGUGAAGAAAGCUUGUAAAAAGUAUCCACGCAGGCUUUUUCUCGCUCCUCCAGAAAUUAAUGGAUCUGCAUGGAGAAUCAGUUUUCUUUCAGACUGGCCAUGACCAGCUCAAACGCCAUUUUCAGAGUCGUACUUUGUUCCAGACCUAUCUAAUUCUCAAUUGUUCUUCACAAAGAUCGUCGAAAAGCUGUUAUCUUCAAGAAAUACUGAGACUGUCCACUCUGAUCUACUCCCAGACUUUCCUUAUGUCUCGAAGAAAUACGGACUAAGCACUGAGAAUGCCCACUAAUCUAUUCUCAGACUUUCCUUG